AUGGCAGUUCAUCUGACAGUUAUUCACUCUAGAAUUGCUUCCAGUUCCAACGGUUUUAUCUGUUUUCCACUUGAAUAUCUAACAUGUUCCGUAUCGCAGUUUUCCUUGCUUGUCUUUUGGUAACACAAGCAGCAUUCAAUACUUUUCAGAAUGGCAUGUACUUUGAUGUAGUCCCUGAUAAGGAUGGAGAGGAAGUAGAUGCCAUGAGCGAUGUAUAUGACACAACUAACGAUAAAUCACUAGCAGAACGAGUUGCUGAAGCCAUUUCUGUUUUCUCUGACGAAUCCCUUGCGCCUGCAAGAGUAAAGAGAGCUGCAAGAGAGCCGUUGUUGAUGGACUCAACUGAUGAGAAACCUAUGGAGUUGAAGAUUAUGCCCUUGGACAACUGAACCGUGACCAGUCGUUGGCACUGCUGCAAUCCAUGAAGAUCACGUGUAUAUUCAUGUGUAAAAACAAAUAAACUUCUUGUUGCUUUAAGCAACUA